AUGCCGGCCAAAUACAGAAGUGUGCAUAUGAAAGUGGUCAAUGGCCAAAAUGUUGAGGAAAUAUUAUGCUGUGCAAGUCUUGGAACAGGCACAGCAGCCAUGUUGUUACCAGUCCUUUCAAGAAAGAGAUGCAUUAGUAAAGAUGACACAGGCAACGGCACAUCCUCGACCAAGGAGCAGAACAAAAACAGCAGUGCCACCAUGCAAGAAGAUCUUCCAGAGCAAUUGCCCUUACCGUCUAGUGAUGGUAGAGAAGCAGCAUCCGUAAGCCAAGCCCUGUGCUCUGACGCUGUGAAGACGGGUCAGAAGGAUAAGGCUAGAGGUCCCAGGAAAUCAACAGAGAUGGGUAAGAAGGAUAAGUCUAGAGGUCCCAGGAAAUCAGCAGAGCAACAACAAGAACGGGUUGAAGUGUAUGUCAGGAAGUCGACCUCAGAGGAGACCAGUGUGGUCACUAAUGAGGUUGACAAGGUUCUUGCUGAUGGCUACUUUCCGGUAUCCAGUAGCAGUAAAGGGGCUGACGAAGAAGAUGCAAACAAUGGAGAUGCUGCAAUCAUUAAUAAUGUUCUUGAAAGCGAGUUCUUUAAAAUGAAAUGUUUGGACAUACAUCUGGGUCAGGGACACAAGAACAACCUGCGGGAGGGGCAAUCAUCGGAAGACUACUUCGCUUUCAGUGCGCAGACCCAAGAGGGAUCUGAAAGACAAGACCAGAUCCACGAGGGGGAUGAUGACCAGAUGUGUGCCAUGUCUAACCACUCCAGUGACAACCAGGCAGGACCACUGCCGUUAAAUUGUGAGACUCCUACAUGUUCUUACGAUGGACUUGAGUUCAGGGAGGUGGCAACUCAAGAAAUAACACACAUAGAUUUGAUGGAGCAGUCUGAAGGGGAGGUCAGAGAUCUGGGUUGUCCUGAAGGUGCAUCAGCAACUGCCGAGGAUGAGCCUCCUGCAACAGUAUCAGACGUGGAACUUGUGGAGUCUGAAGAGUUUAAAGAGAAAUUAAAAACUCCUCCCUGUUCACCUGGUUAUGCAUCGCCAGGCAACUAUCUUGACCAGGCCACAGAAGAAUUCUCUAACACAGACCUAGAGGAAGCUGACCAGGAACUGAAACCUGUUGGGGAAGCGUGCAUUGUUGAUACCAGCCAUCCUUUAGACAGUUUAAAUGUUACACUGGAAUGUGAGAUGCCAACAGGCAAUUUGGAAUCAUCGUCUUCAUUUCUGUCUUCACCUCUAUUACCUGAAUUUAAACAGGGUAGAAUUAAUCGUGCCAAAUGGAAACAAAAUUCCCGUGGGCGUAAAAUAUCUUUUGUUGGUUUAGAAAGACUUUCACAUGAGGCAGUGGUGGAUAGUGUUGAGUCCAGGAAUGCUAAAGCCAGAUCAGACAGACAUUCUGAGGUUAGGCUGCUAGACGGGGAGUCCAGUUCACAAGGUGAAGCUUCGGUAAAUUCAAGAAAACAAAGAGCCGGCACAAGAACACCCAGAAUUGUUGGCAAAAGAACGCCAAGAAUUGUCAACACAAGCUCACCAAGAAAUGUUGACACAAGCUCACCAAGAAAUGUUGACAAAAGAACUCCAAGAUCAGCUAUAAAAAGAAAAGCAGUAGCUGAACAGACACCAGAUUUUAAACCUGAAUUGACAAAAGAAUCCUCAACCUAUUCUAAAAAUAGAUUUAGAGGUGAUCACGUGGAUAGAUCCCUGAGAGCAGAGAAAUCAGAACCUGCAGUGGCAAAGACAUCCCGUUUUGCGAAAUUAAAAUCUGACAGUGGGCAGAGAGGUAGGACUAGGUCGGUUUCAGCAGAGACGCCGACAUCAAAGUUCAAAUCUAUGUCCCUGCUGAUAGAGAAAUACCAGCCUGUUAUGAAAAGGAAAGCAAUGCCCAAGCAGAUAAAGACUUUAGAACCGGUUUCUGUAAAGAACCCUGCAUCAACACACAUUUCACCAAAAACAUUUUUGUCUACACUAGUUUCACCAAAGAGAUCUGUGGCUAAAACAGACUCAUUAGGAAAACAUCACCUAGAAAAUCCUCAGUCUGUUGUCAAAAUAAAACCUAAGUCUGGCGAAGCAAAUUUUUCUGAUCCUUCUAUUGUCGAAAAGUCAUGUUCUUUAAACAGAUACCGGGACACUGUUAAAAGAAAAUUGCCGCCCUUUAGAAAGGCCAGGAAAUCGGAACCAGCGCUGAAAAUGAAAUCUAAAAUUUCAUCUGUGAAUGAUAAUACCUCCCAAAUUGCUGGCUCAGAAAGUGCAGAGGGAUCAGAUGAAAGGGAUCAGAAAGUUUCUGAUUCCUCAUUCCUUAGUGUGGUUACAGCCUCUUCCACACAAGAUGAUGUAUGUGCUAGUCAGAAUAUAGUUGGCAAUUCUAAACCAAAGUCCAGCAUCGCUUAUAUCCUUCCACCACCAGAAUAUAUUAGCUUUAAUCACUCAGGAGAUCCUGUGAUUUCAGACGUCAUCAUGAAUACUCUUCCGCAGUUAACUGAGAGUGGCUACUCCGAGAUUUGCCUUCUCGUUAAAAAUGCUGCAGUGCCGUCAUCAGUGGGACAGGAUAGAUUAGUUUAUACCGCUGACUUGAACUCUACCCCUGUGAAGUUCACCCUGAAGACAUCUUUUCCCAAUAAAAUGCAAGAGCAAGGGACGCCUGAAUCUCAGACUCCGAAAGAAAUAUCUGGGUCUCAGAAAACCCGGGGGAAGCGACAUUCAAAGAGCGGACAACCAGGGAGAGUGGCAGCCACCCUGUGUUCUUCUCCAUUUGGUGAUUCAGGUGGUCUAGAUGCUAAAGAUUCAUCUCCUUCCAUACAUUUUGACACUUCUUCAGGAACAGAACAGAUGGGAUCUACAACAGGAGAUAAAGUGAUCCACUGGACAUGUAUGGAUACUACAGCGUGGUUGGCUGAGCAGGGGUUAAACAAGCUCGUUCCAAGCUUUUCCUGCAUUGAUGGCCCAUGCCUAAUAGAACUUGCACGUUAUUUCAACGAAGAUAUAGAAAGUGCCUCCGGCCAUCUGCACGAUAUGGGAUUUACGUUUAAUGACCAGAUGCAGCUCUCUGGUGCCCUGGGAUCCAUACCCACACAGACUCCUAAGAAAAGAGGCCGGAAGCCCAAGUCUAGUAGAUGGCAUCCGUUGAAGGUGUUGGGGGGUACAGACUCUCCUCUAGCGCAGAAUGGUGCAGAGGUUGGAGUGUCUGCAGCCAGAAUUCCCCUCAGUCAAUGGACGCACCAGAAUGUCUCAGCAUGGCUGACAGCCCUCGGACUGUCUAGAAUGCUUCAAGAGUAA